AUGUUGAAGAAAAAAAAGGACACAAAUGUGAAGGAAAAGGUAACAACAAAGACGAACGGAAUGAGUUACAAAAAUUGGGAAAAAAAUCCCAAGGGAGAAAUGCAAGAUAAGGAGGAAGACUUCAAACACCUAGAGGAGAAGGAACAUGAAAUAGAAAAAAUAUCCAGAAGAAUUUACGAAGAAAACAGUAAAAUAAAAAAAAUCAAUUUACAUCAUAAAAUAAUUAAGGAAGAAUUUGAAAAGAAAAAAUUAAUCGAUCAAAAUGACGAAAGAAAUGAGAGAAUUAUCUACAACAACAAUAUGAAAAUUCUCGUUAAUGAGUACAACACUUUAAAAAAAAACAUCAGUAAUUUAGCCACACAGGAGAAGGAACAAAACUCGCAAAAUGAAAAACUGAAAGUGGAGCUGAACGAACUCGUUAAAGAAAAAGACAAUCUGGAGAAAAAACACAGAGAAGAUUUCAAGAUGCUGCAGCAAAAAUUGAAGGAGCAAAAAAUACUCUCCUCUGAACAGAAAAUACACGAACUAAUCAAGAUGAAGUACAACUGCAAGGAAAGGAAAAAUAACAAAAUGGCUGAUGGAUCCGAGGACGACUUGGAGCGAAGAAACGAAAGACACACCACAUCCUAUCCCCCCAACAAUGAUAAUAACAGUAGGAACCUCCCUGGGGAAGGAAAUCUCGCAAAUGACAACUACUACCCACUAGACGAAGCAGAUUAUGAAGAUGAAAAGAAAAGAAAACUAAACGCAAAAAUAAUUCUCCUAAAGAAACUAUGCCUGAGAAUCCUGUUUAUUAACGAAUAUCAAAAGCAAAAUAUUAAGAAGCUGGAAGAAAAUAUCGAAAAUAUGAACAAGGCAAUCAAUUCUAUAAGCAUUUUGACGUCCAAAAAAGGAGACUUUGAUCACAUCAUUAUAAAUUUAAAUGCGUCUAAGGAAAAAAACUACAGCCUCAUUUCGAGAAUUAAUCUCCUAAAUUACGAAACGAACGUUUUAACCAAAUUGAAUAAAAAAAUGAAGGAGAAAUUUAAAAAUAUCAACCUACAAAAUGACGAAAUGGUUAAUUUAAAAAAAGAAAUUACGAACAAAAUGAACGACAAAAUGAAUCAUAUUAAGACAUCCCUCCUGAAUAAUCAAGAAACGUGUAAAUUAAAAAAAAAAUGCUUCCACGAUUGUGUCAUGUAUUUGAAAUGUCUGUACGAUUUUAUCAAACAAUUUGAAAAUACAAACAACAAAUUAAAUUUAAGAACACAAAUUAUAAAUAAAGAAAAAAAUUUCCAUUUUAAUUAUAUCCAUAAGUACAAUGAAGAAAUUCUGGUGGAUGAAAAUCACCUAAAUGACUUUUUAAUUUUUAUUGAAAAAUAUAUUUACGCCCUUAACUUUUACCUUCCUUCUCCUACAUUCAAUUACAAAAACUUUAUCAUUGAAAAUCCGAAUUUUGGAGUUCCCAAUUCUGCCUUAUCGGCGCAUUCUUUAGACGUUGCUUCGAACGAGAAUGCUCAGUUUAGCACACUCAACUGUGUUACCUCAGAGAAUGAAAUCAGCGUGUCUGAAGGAAUUUCUCCACAGGAAGAUGAAAAUUUGAUGAAUGAACCCGUAAGUGAGGGGCCAAUAAAUGUGGAACCCCCCAAUGACACCACCCAGGCAGUCGAUCAGCUCGCAACCAUUGCAACACAAGGGGACCAAGCGGAGGCGAAACAUACAGAGGCACAUGACCAAAAUUUUGCACCCAGUGAAGUGGGAAACGACCAAAGUGAAACACACCAAGACGAACUUAAAAAAGAGAACGAACUAAUCGACAACCAAAUUGACCAGGAGGAUGCGGCGAAUAGUCAAAUGGACAAACCCAUUGCUGAAGUAGAAAAAGAAGAACAUACGUUACAAGAUGAGCACCAGAAGGAAGAAGAGGAAGAAAAAAAUGCCAUAGAGGGAGAACAACAAAAAGGAGGGGAACCUCAAAGCGAAACAGAACGAAGUGAUAACGUGGAAGGUGGAAAUAUACAAAAUGGUGAUGAUUUACCAAAUGGGGAGAAUGAAGGUGAGGCGUCGGAAGAGGCACUGAAGGAGGGAAGUUCACCUGCCGAGCAAAUAGAGAAUGAGAGUACUCCUAACGAGGAUGAAGUGAAUGUACCAAAUGAGGAAGAGGUGAACGUACCAAAUGAGGAAGAGGUGAACGUGCCAAAUGAGGAAGAGGUGAACGUGCCAAAUGAGGAAGAGGUGAUCGUGCCAAAUGAGGAAGAGGUGAUCGUGCCAAAUGAAGAACAGGUGAACGUUCCAAAUGAGGAAGAGGUGAACGUGCCACAUGAGGAACAGACGAUCGUGUCAGGUGAAGAGCAAAGCAACGCGACCAAAGGUGAGCAGGAAUCUUCACCAAAUGAGGAAGAAGUGAACACACCGGGGGAAGAAACGAUAAAUGCACCGACAGAUACUCAACAAACUUUACCGAAUGAAGAACCGAUAAACGCACCAAGCGAAGUGCAGACAACCCCCGCAACCGCAGAUCCAGAGGGAGAUAACCAAAACUACAAUUUAAAUCAUUUUAAUUCGCGCAGCAUCGAAUACGAUAAGCUAAAAGAAGAAAUCCCUGCCGAAUUGUUAAUGAAAAAAUAUGACUCUAAGAAAAGCUCAACGGCUGCAAAUUAG